AUGCCACCCGAAGUGCAGCUGGUCCCCGCGCGACAAUUCCCACUCGAACAGCGGGAAGUUGUUUCCCCUACGAAAGAAAUGACAGACUCAAGUCAUAACAACGCAAACGCGAGUCACGAUGAUGAAACUUCAGCCAACUUCGACGCAGAGGCUCUCAAGACCGAAGAGGACGCGGUGGUGCCAGAUCAUGGUUCCCCAUCCGGGAGAGGAGACUUGAUUCCGUUCAAGGACACCAAAGAAGAGUUUGAAGUAUUACAAGAAGCGACAAUACGGUCUCAGUAUCUUAACACUAUGGGGCGCAGUGUCUUUGCCAAUGAGAAGGAGGCUGGACGCUUAAGGACGCGUGGACAACAGGCCAUUCUGCACCACACAUUCACCGAGAUGCGAAUCGAAGAUCUGGAGAAAGAACUGAAGGAGCUGAGAACAUACGUCUACAAACUCGAAGAUGACUUGGAACCGGUCAAGAAGAAGAUGCUUCCCGUUCAUCGACAUGAACUGCAGUGUCUGAGUGCAAACCAAUUCCGAGUCACUGGUCAAUCAAGCAAACUUCACUGGACGCAGCAGCCGGCGCUGGAGGUUCAGCUACCAGAGGGCGUCGCGCCGAUUACUACCAGUUCAGAGACGCCAGUCGAACCACACGCCCAGGCUCACGAAGGAGAGCAUCCCGUAUCGAACAGGAUGCAGAGCGACGAGCCACGAACACCAGAGAGUCUACGCAUCAGGUCGUACUCGUUGAUGUCCCAUUUACAAGAUAUCACUGGGAAAGAAGUCCUGGCACGUGCCGAAAGAUCUAUGAUUGCGGGUGAAAUGGUACACGGUGGUAUCGUGUUUCUCCGCCCCUUCAAGUUCUUUGUGAGAAACGAGGAACUUAUCAGGGAGAGCCUGAAGAAGCUGGAAGACAAGAUGGAGAAGACGCAGGCCGCGAAGAACGCACCAAAACCAGUCGACUCGAAGUCCGAGAAGACAGGACAGCAAGAGUACGAGGACACUGAUCUCAUGGAAGACCUUAAGCUUCUUAUCGACCGAUUCUUUGACGUGGAACUGACGCCGACUUUUGAGCUGCGUCGAAAGAUCGAUGAAGGAACGGCCGUUGACAUUGAGUACGGCGAUCUGUGGCACCUCUUCUCGCGAGGCGACAUUGUUGUCUUCCAAUCCGACCAGACCCAUGCCCGAAGAGUGGUCAACCUGGCCGGAGGGCGCGAGCCUUUGAGCUACAGAUUUGACAGUGAAGAUGAAAAGGUUUCCCGGGUAGAUGGGUUCGUUGUCGACUGCUUGAGCCUCCACGCCAAUGGUUCUACUUAUGUUCCGAAACUGGAAAAGGUUUCCAUCAAGAGGUUCAACGGGAAAAGGCCGAUCACCUCCCUACUCGUGUACCCUCUCCGAUUCGAUCCCAGAAAGGCCGAUCUGCGCACCAAUUUCACAGCAAUGGGACGACGCCUACUGAGCCUCACCAGUACCCCGUGCUGCCACAAACUUGUGCAAGGAAAAACACUGGACGAACCAUCUCACGAGCUCGAUACGCAGGUCAUUGUCGAUAUGACGCUUGCAAUGAGUGUCAACCCAGAAUGGCGGCUCAAGUCGGCUAUAUCGACCGACGACUUCACUCAGAGAGACAAGAGGGAAACGAUACAAGAUCCUUGGUGCUAUCAUCGCAGAGAAGGCUGCUGCGGCAGUGACGCCAUCUUCAAAGACCUCGAGUACGACGAGAUGGACUCCCAGAUAUUUGCCGGGGAAAUGGUCGGGACCCUGGGGCCGGUCCAGGCAAAGGACCUCCAGGAAGAAGAUCUGAUGCUGAUGCAGCCCUAUGUCUAUGCCUUCGUUCUUCGGUCCAGGCAAUGGGUGAAAGUCUGGACGGCAGACCUACGCGACGUAGUAUUCGAGAACAAUUUCGAAGACCUCGUGGUCCCGGACGAACACAAGGAGACGGUCAGGGCGCUGGUCAAGACGCACGAGAACACACGUGCCUCUCAUUUGUCAUCAGAUAUAAGGCCCAGCAUGGGUUCCGGGUUGGAUCUGGUCAAGGGGAAAGGGGCCGGGCUGGUCAUCCUGCUACACGGCCCUCCAGGAGUGGGAAAGACGUCGACAGCUGAGUGCGUCGCCGAUGACACGAAGCGACCCUUGUAUCCGAUCACUUGCGGCGACAUCGGCGAAACGGCUGCCGAAGUCGAGAGCAACCUGCAGUACAACUUCCGGCUCGCGACCAAAUGGGGCUGCGUCCUGCUCCUCGACGAGGCGGACGUCUUCCUCGCGAAGCGCACGCGCAGCGACCUGCGGCACAACGCCGUCACGAGCGUGUUCCUCCGCAGUCUCGAAUACUACGCCGGGAUCCUGUUCCUCACCUCCAACAGGGUCGGCGCCAUUGACCCGGCCUUCAAGUCGAGAAUCCAGAUGUCGCUGUCCUACCCGAAGCUGGACCUCGGCGUGACCUGCAAGCUAUAUGAGAAGUUCAUCGAGCGGACCAAGGCGGAGCAAAAGAAGACGAAAACGUACAACUUCAAGAUCAGGGACAAAGAGAUACUCGCUUUUGCCAAAAAACACUACCUCGGACUCGAGAAGGAGAACCGCGAGACGUGGAACGGAAGGCAGAUUCGCAAUGCAUUCCAGACGGCCAUCGCCCUCGUCGAGUACCAGGACAUGUCCAAAGACGCGGACGAGCCUAAGCCAUCCCUCGGCAAGAAGCAAUUUAAGUCGGUGGCCCAAGGGUCUAGAGAGUUUGACGAUUAUCUCUAUAGUGUUCUGGGAUCGACUGAAGCGGAUGGAGCUAGACAAGAUGGCUGGCGUGACGAUGGCUUCAUGGCCUCGUCCGCGCCUCUUGGCUACGUCCCUCUGACUGCGGUCCAACGGCCACAGGCAGCAUGGCCGCCGCAAAUGAAACAGUCCGGCAAGAAGGAGGCGCAGAUAUCCGACUCGGACGACGCAUCAGACUCCGAAACGGACGAUGAGGACGUGAAAGAGGGCGAUAAAGGGAAGAAGGCAAAGGGCACGGGCUCGUCAGCUGCUGCCAUCGAGACAUCAGCGGUUAGUGCUGCUGGAGGAGGCUCUGACAUGGAGCAGUUCCAGAAGUUUCUCAAGUUCCAGGAGAUGAUGGCCAAGCAGAGCGCGUAG